UGGUGUGGAAACAUUUGUUUAGCCAUUGCAAAUAUGGAAUGGUCUACAUCUCAGUAUAAGUCAGAGUCAUUAGCUGCAGAAUCUUUGGCAUGUGAUAUGGAUAGAUGGAUAACUUACAGACAGACAGAUCAACCUUAUGAAGUAUUUGAACAAUGGUUAAAUACAAACUUACCAUCAUGCCAUUACAGAUCAAAGGGAGUUGGUUGGAUAUGUGUCAGGGGAAACCAAUAUGAAGAAGAUGAAGAGGAUGAAGAUGAAGAGGAAGGAGAUGAAGAGGAUGAAGAUGAUGAUGAUAAGGACCUUGAAGGAUUACAUCAAAUGUGGGAGGAUAUUCAGAAAUCUAAUAGACCCAUAAAUGUGGAGACAAUUUCUGAUUUAGCCAGAAUAUUUAAAGUUACAUGUGGAAAAUGGCUUUUCCAUGCUGAAACUGGUGCAAAAGCUGACCAUUUAUGGAGUAUUGUAGCUAAGGCUAUUGUUAAGGGGGAAAUUCCUUGUCACAGUGCCAAGGUUUCUCCAGUUGAAGACUGUGGUGAAAACAAGAACAAGUUUGAACAUGUAGUAUGUGUAUAUAAUGAUAAUUAUCUGAAUGAGGAGGAAGUUAUGGACUGUGAACAUGGACUCAGAAAAAUUGGUAUAAAAUGUCCAUUGAUGUAUAAACCAGAUGUAUACACCUAUUUAGGAGUUUAUCGUAAUAAUCCAUGGGAUCUACGACCCUCACUGUAUCGUAGUAAUUAUGAUGUCAUAUCUGGAAAGUCAAAAAUUGACUUUUCUAGUGCUCCAGGUCACAGAUAAAUGGAGAUCCAAUUGACACUUUUACUGAAGUAAAUGCAAUAGUCCCUACAACAGAUGCCAUUUUUACUUAGAUCCUUCUGUACAUUCAAGUAUGAUGUAACGCAUGUCAUCUGUGUUGAGUUUUAGCUCAUCUGCCUGAUGCAGAUUUUUGGAGGAUAUAUACGUGCCAUUUUAGAGUGUUUGCAUAUUAAUUUGUAAACAUGUUUUUUUCUGAUGUUUAUGCUUAUUAGUUAAAUUGUUGUAAUUGUUGAAAUUAAAUAAAUAAAUAA